UCAAGAGGAUGUUUGGGGCUGUCCGAUGGGAUGGCUCUGUCGAGUGGUCAUUGCGGCAUGCGCUUUUUCAGCGACUGCAGGUGGCCAGGCUGACUUCGAGGACUUUGAGGUGUGGGAGCCAGUCCCAUUUCGUCCUCAUCAGGCCGAUAAGGCCGCUUUGCUGGCAAGGCAAAGAUCCCUUGCUGAGAAUGAAUAUUGGUUGCUCCAAGCUGGCUUGCAGGUGAAAGAGUGGACGCAAUUGAUUGAGAACCGAUCAAGGGAUAUCCGAUGCCGGAAGGAGAUCUUCCGGCAUUUCUGGGCAGACAAGGAAGUUGCUGUUCUGCAUCUCAUGGUUUUCCGCCUCGUCCAGAUCCAGGCAACCGCUGAAUUUGACAGUGGAGAUGCCCAAGACCCUGUGAGAGCACAAAGGAUAUAUGAUGCAGUGGAUGCUCUGCACGAAACACCCCGAAACAAUGUUGUGGAAGUCAUUGUCUGCAUCGACAACCUCGAAGCUGCAGCAGGAGACUUUCCGGUUUUCGAUGUGUUCCGUGCUUCCACAGUCUUCACCAUUACCAACGUUUGUCGAAAAGCGGAGGCGCGACGAAACCCAGCUGUGCUUGUGCGGGAGCUGGCCGACUUUUUUGCCAUUGAAGCUCUCAGGAAUUCUUCAACCCUCUACCUGGUGGUGCUAGCAAGCAACACCUUCUUCAAUGACCUAAACGUCAAGCUUGCUUCCCAGACGACUGCAAGUUCCGCAGCUGAAACGGAACUGGUUGAAAAGUACCGGCGCUUGCUGAAAGAGGAGGGCAUCGACAAACUGAACGAGCUGAAUGUCGUUGUGGCAACAGACCGUGUUUGCCGACAAGGGCAGUAUGGAGCAUGCAAAGAGGUGCAAAGUCCUUAUCUUCAUGCUUCGGGUCUGCUUGGUCAAGCACAAGCCCUGGGGACUUUGAGCGCUGAGCUUUUGGACCUUCUGGACAGAAGCAGUGACAGAGAUGUGGAUCUCAAUUCCUUGCUUCGAGAAUACGCAUCGCAGAGCUUGGAGGUUCGACUGGUUCCAGACCGUCGACAACUGAUUUUUGGUAGCCUGACAGAGGUCAUUCCUGGUCAUUGUGCUGAAGCUGCUGAAAGGGGGAAUUGGUGUGUUGCAUCCAGUCCGUGUUGCCCCAUCAGCAACAACAUCCACUUCCUGCAUGAGGCGUUCUAUGGCAGAUACUCAGUGGAAGAGUGUACGAUGGUCAGGAAGGAGGGUCUCCAAAAGCCAGUGCUGUGGUCUGGCGACGGCAUCGCGAAAUGGAUGUACGAGUGCUGUUGUGUGAAGCCAUGUGAAGCGAUUUACGCUUGUAUUGGGGCAUGCAUCAUGAUAUCGUGGUGUGAAGGUACUUGCUUGCCCUCGAUACACUGGCGAUGUCAUGUCAAGCAGUGGCUCGGCUGGUCCUGCGCAGCCAUCCGAGCAAUUUGCUGGAGAACCUUUUUGACAACUUUGAGGCAACGCAAUAUCCUGGAUCUGUAGCUCCGAGAGCAAAA